CCGGGAACGUGCACCGUACGGACUGUUCGGCCGUCUCUUCCCUCCGGUGCAGCCGAGGUUCGAGAUGUGCGGCCGGUAUCUGGGGUCCGGGGUGUGUGACGGUUGACAGGGACCUAUUCUAUGAAGGCUGGUGGUGUGUGAGCGAUGAGGAAGGCAGCCGCUGACCUUGCAGCGCUGGCCGGCUGCCGUGUCCGGACCGUGCUCCGGGCCGCUCGGGAACCCGAUCAGCGCCCUCUGCUCCGCUUCGGUCUCCGGGCUCAGGCGGCACCAGCUGACCGCACUCCUGCACUCAGGUCCCGGGGCUACAGCACCGAGCUCCCGGGAAGGAGCAGCACGGAGGAGGCAGGUGCCAUUUACCAGCCAGUGUUUAACAUUGAUGUUUUGGUGAGUUUGUUGCGCCAGGAAAAUGCCAAAGAUAUAUGUGUUAUCAAAUUGCCGAUGGAAUUGAAGUACGCUAAUUAUUUUAUCAUCGUGAGUGGAACAUCGGCAAGGCAUUUACAAGCGAUGGCACAAUAUGCAAUCAAAGUGUAUAAACACUUGAAGACAGGAGAAAAUGAUAGUGCUACCAUUGAAGGCAAAGAUACUGAUGAUUGGAAGUGCAUAGAUUUUGGGAACAUGGUCGUACAUUUUAUGCUGCCUGAAACCAGGGAACUCUAUGAACUGGAGAAACUCUGGACCUUGCGUUCCUAUGAUGAUCAGUUCCUGAAAAUAGCUCCAGAAGUUCUUCCAUUGGAUUUCAUAUAUGAACCAACUGAUGACUUUGAGCAAAAAUAGAGCAAAUUCUAAAGCACCAUUCUGCAGAGAUUUCUGAAAAACUGAAAGAUGAUGUAAUGAACCACUUUGUCCAGCAAUUCAGUGAAGAACAAGAUUUCAGUUUACAGCGAGGCAUGCGAUUAGCUUGUAUCAUACAGAAGUAAUUUUUUUGAAUGAACUGUGCAUAUUAAGUAGUUGUAUAUUUUUUAAAGUACAGUUUAAAAAUAAAUUUAUAAAGGCCAA